AUGGAUGUUCUCUAUUCAUUAUUCGAUGUCGAUAAUCAACGACUUCAUAUGAUAGUAAAAGAAAAAACAUUCACAAACACUCUCACUUUUGUAUUAACAACAAAAAAUGGUGAUAUUUUGUCGCUUGGUGAUUUAAUAGUUGAUCGAUUUUGCAUUAAUAUACUUCCAAAAAUUGAUUAUAAUAUUAAAUCACUUAUUCUUGAAUCACAAUCUAUGGAACGUAUUCUUCUCGCUGCUGAUUAUCCUAAUCUGACCGAACUUAAACUCUACAAUUUUAACGACCAUAUUAUUUCACGUCAUUUUACAGCUGAAUCACCAUUUCGACAUAUUUUUCAAGAACAGAUUACCGAUCUUAUUCUUGUAUAUAAUACAGCUAUACAUAUAUUAUCAAACAAUCCGAACGAAAUAAAUGUGUAUGAAUAUACAUUGAAUAUUUUUAAAAAUCUCAAACAUCUAUCUGUCAUUCCAUGUAGUCAAGUUUUAUCUAUCGAAGAUUUAGCUUUUACAACGUGGUCGUCAUUAAAUCUUACCAAAUUAUGUGUUGAUGUUUGCUGCUUUGACGAUUGUUUUGCAUUACUUGAUGGUCGUCUUAAACAACUAAACACAUUUAUUGUUAACAUUGACGACGGGGAUGAUGAAUUAUCAAGUGUUUACAAUAUGGAUGAUCUACCUAAUAUGAAAUGUUUCUCAUUAAGAUGUCGAUGCGAGACUAAUCAAUAUGAUACUCGAGUUUUGCCGCUUCUUCGUCGUAUGAUAAAACUCGAAGAAUUAACUUUAAACAUUACUAACUACGAACGAACUACAUUAAUCGAUGGUAUUCAAAUUAAUAAUAACAUUCUUGUACAUAUGCCAUGUCUUCGAAAAUUUACUUUUCAUAUUAGUACUGAAGUUGAACUACAUCAUAUAACUCAUCAUUUAUCAAACGAAGAUAUACAACAAACUUUUACUAACAUAGGAUAUCAACAAGUAUCCUGUAUAUUGUACUACAUGGUUGAUAGUGUCACAUGUCAUAUAUUUUCAUUACCAUUCGCUUUUGAUUAUCUCGGAUAUAUUGGUAAUGCAUUUCCACCAGUACACUUCAGUUGUGUCAGGGAAUUGACAGUAGACGAUGAAACUCCGUUCGAACAUGAAUUUUUUAUCCGAAUUGCACGCUUUUUCCCAUUGCUCAAAAAGUUAAGUGUUGUUAAUUUGAAACCACAGUCACAAAUGAAACAUCAUUUAAUCUGUCACAAUAAUGAAUUGUAUACAACUGUUGAAUAUCCACAUCUUAUUUCACUAUGUCUAGAAUAUGCUUAUAUUCAUUAUACCGAGCAAUUUCUCAAUCAGAGUAAAACACAUCUACCACAGUUAACUACAUUAAGUGUCGACUAUAGUAAAUUAAGAUUCGUAACAAACAACUUCACAAGAAAUGCAACGCGUCGUAAUUGUGCUCGAUUAAAACAAAUAGAUUUUGACAAAAUAAUUGUGCACACGAAAGAGUUUUAUGAUUAUUUUCCUCUUUUGUAA